AUGCCCAGCCAAUCCCGCAGUCGGGACCGGUAUGGUCGCGACCGUGAUCGAGACCACUCCCGCGUCCAGUCCCGCAGAAGAUACCACGAAGACGACUAUGACGACGAGGAGGAGGAUUUCGAGGACAGCCCGCACGAUCGACGAUACCGCCGCGAUGGCUAUCGCCGCGCACGUGCCGAUUCAAGACACGAUGAUUCUUACGACGAUUACGAACUAGACCGACGAGAAGACUCGAGAGCUCACGACCGCGCGGCGGAGGGUUCGCGGAGAUACCGUUCGGAUACGGAGCGACGGCGCGAACGACCGAGAGCCUCACCUACGACCUCCCCUCGCAAACGCGAACGCACAAGGGACCGGGACGGUGGUCACCGCCGACGGAGAACUGAUGAUGAUGAUGGCGCUAGUCCGGUACCGCGCGCCCAUCGGGAUCGAAGGUCAAGAACAAGAGACGGAGGGCAGAACCGGGAUCUGGAGGACGAGGAAUUGGAAGACGAGGCACGACGACACCGACGCCGGGAACGGGAGCGCGAACGAGAAAGACGCGGUACAACCUCGAAGCACCAGAGCACAGAGUCCACGAACAGUAGCGCCGGAUUGCUCAAUGCAGACGCCUUGGCCAAGCUUAGAGCACAGCAUGAAGAACAAGAGCGGGUGGAGCGACGUCAGACAGAAAAAGCAGAAAAAAAGCGAAGACGGAAACGCCCAGCUGUUGAAGGGAACACGCGUGCUCUCGAGCCAUUCCCCGACGAGGUUCCCCGGGGCCAGUCCAAAGGUCGUAUUGUGUCCGGUGCUUAUCUAGAAGAAGGUAGAGGGCCUGAUAUGGAGGUUCGUCUGCGCGGUGGCGGAAGACCACCUCCACCAGAGAAACGUUGGGAGAAAGAGAGCGAUGACUCAGGUGGACAGCCGCCAUUCUGGAAACGGAAGAAAUGGUGGUGGAUAGGUGGGGCUAUUGCGGUUGUUAUCGUGAUCAUAAUCAUUGUCGUCGCCGUGGUUGUAUCGAAGAAAAAAGGCGGAGGAUCCGAUUCUGACUCAGGGGGGUCAUCCAGCUCUAGCGGUGGUGACACGUCGGCACUCGACGGACUUGAUCGUGAUAGUAUUCCGGACUCUGCGCAAGGAACCGUUUUGGAUCCAUGGACAUGGUACGAAACGACGGGCUUCAACGUGACAUAUACAAGCGAAACUGUUGGUGGCCUUUCUGUAAUGGGCCUGAACUCCAAAUGGGACGAUUCUGCAAGAGCAAACGACAAUGUACCACCACUGAACAAGCCGUUCCCCUACGGAUCGCAGCCUAUCCGCGGCGUAAACCUUGGAGGAUUGCUUUCCCUCGAGCCUUGGAUAACACCAUCUAUGUUCAGCGGAUACUCAUCAGAUGUGAUUGAUGAGUACUCACUGACCAAAGAGCUAGGAAGUUCCGCGGGUGAUGUGCUUGAAAAACACUACGCAACUUUCAUCACAGAACAGGACUUCAUCGAUAUCCGCGAUGCUGGACUCGACCACGUUCGGAUUCCGUUUUCCUACUGGGCAGUGGACCCCAUCGACGGCGAGCCGUAUGUUCCCAAGACUUCCUGGCGCUAUCUCCUCCGCGCCAUCGAAUAUUGUCGCAAGUAUGGUCUGCGAGUAAAGCUCGAUCCACAUGGUCUCCCCGGUAGUCAAAAUGGUUUCAACCAUAGCGGGCGACAAGGCAGCAUUAACUGGCUGAAUGGAAGCGAUGGCGAGAAGAAUGCCCAGCGUGCGCUUGACUUCCACGACAAAGUUUCCAAAUUCUUUUCGCAAGACCGGUACAAAAAUGUCGUCACCAUUUACGGUCUCGCCAACGAACCAUACAUGCUUUCCUUGGACAUCGAGAAAGUUCUCGAUUGGACUACUGAAGCUACAAAGCUGGUUCAAAAGAACGGUAUCACCGCCUGGGUCGCCUUCCAUGACGGAUUCCUCAACCUGAGCAAAUGGAAAUCCAUGCUCAAGGAUGGCCCUUCGAAACUCCUCUUGGAUACCCACCAAUACACCAUCUUCAACACAGGCCAGAUCGUCCUCAACCACACCGCAAAGGUCGAGCUCGUCUGCAACGACUGGCAUGCUAUGAUUGGUCAAAUAAACACCACAUCAUCAGGCUGGGGGCCCACAAUGUGCGGCGAAUGGUCACAAGCAGACACCGACUGCGCCGAAAACCUCAACAACGUCGGCCGUGGCACCCGCUGGGAAGGCACAUACUCCGAAGGCGAUGACACCAUGUACUGCUAUACAGCCGAUCAGGACACAGGCGCUGCUUGCAGCUGCACCAAAGCCAACGCAGACCCAUCGGACUACUCGGACGACUACAAGACAUUUUUGCAAACGUACGCAGAAGCCCAGAUGAGUGCGUUUGAGACGGCGCAGGGCUGGUUCUACUGGACGUGGACGACGGAGUCGGCGCCGCAGUGGAGUUAUCGGAGUGGUUGGAAGAAUGGGUAUAUGCCUGCUAAGGCGUAUAGCCCUAGUUUUAAGUGUGGGGAUGAUGUGCCGAGCUUCGGAUCGUUGGGGGAGUAUUUCUGA